AUGGUUUCUCAACUAGAAGAAUUAGUAUCUUUCCUGCACUCGCCACAACCGGCGGUGAGACAGAUAGCAUUGGACAAUCUCGUUGGUUUUAGUACCGGAGCCAGUGCUUCUGUCUUCAAAUUCAAUGGUUUCAAACCCAUUGAAGACCUUAAAAACCUGUCGAAAGAAGCUUCUAAGGUCAUAGUGCAACAGGCGACGACAAUUUUGGCCAAUUUGUGCGAUGACCUUGAAGUAAGAAAGCUGAUCGCUGAGGACAUCGAAUAUGUGAGAUAUCUCACUUGGAAAAUCUGCGAUCUACAAAACAGCAGUGCGGAUAUUAUGUGCAUUUUACUCUCGAAUCUCGCGAAGGAAGACAUCAUUACCAAAGUUUUUGACUUUAAGAAAAGCCCAGAAGACGGUAUUGCUCUGGACCAAUCGGUUUUCAACAGUCAGAUGGUAAUGGACUGUCUUAUGGACUGUUUUGUGAAAGGGUACGACCGGAAACUUAACACAUUCGCCAAUUUUGACUAUUUGGCAUAUUUCUUUGCCGACAUCUCGCGGUUCAAGAGAGGUCGCGAGUAUUUCGUCCACAGACAGGACUAUGACGGUGUCGUGCCCAUUUCGAAGCUGUUGGUGUUUACAGAGAAAUACGACAAUAAGACCAGAAGGGAAGGUGUGGCAUCAACCAUCAAAAACUCCCUGUUUGACGCUGAACUUCACGACGCGCUAUUGACAAACGAAGACGUUAACCUGUUGCCUUACAUUUUGUUGCCCAUCGUCUGUUCUAAGGACUCGGACUUAGAUGACGAUGAAUUGUUCAACUUGCCAGCGGAAUUACAAUUGCUACCAGAGGACAAACAGAGAGACCCCAACCCAGAAAUUAUAUGUGUUCAUCUAGAGAGUAUUCUACUGCUGUGCACAACAAGAUCGAGCAGAGAAUAUUUGAGAGAGAAAUCCGUGUACCCGUUGAUCAGAUCGUUGGAAAAAAAUAUUGAGAACGAGGAUAUCACUGAUGUUUGCUAUCGUAUUGUUAACAUGUUGAUGAGAGGCGAGAUUGGUACUACUGAGGUCGAAGAAUUGCCUUCCAGGAAUGCUGAAAACGAAGAUGACACCGCUGAACAAAACGUUAGUAACGAAGACGACGACGACGAUGAUGAAAAUGGCAUCGUGGAAGUAAUCUAA